UCGUCCUCCUCUUCAUCACUGAUCUCGGGCUGGAGGCUGGCGCAAUCUGAGCCUUCUGGCUCCUCCUGUCUUCUCCUCUUCUUCCUCUCUCGCUUCAUUUUCAUCUUCAUCCACCAGGAACUGUUUGUGGCUCUUCUUCAGCUCCACGAUGAUGUUCCGACGUUCAAUCUCAAAGGCUUCGGCCUGAGCCUUCUGCUCGGCUUCCUCUGCCUCCUUGAGGAGCCUCUGCUUGGCUUCCUCUGCCUCCUUGAGGAGCCUCUGCUUGGCUUCCUCUGCCUCCUUGAGGAGCCUCUGCUUGGCUUCCUCUGCCUCCUUGAGGAGCCUCUGCUCGGCUUCCUCUGCCUCCUUGAGGAGCCUCUUCUCGGCUUCCUCUGCCUCCUUGAGGAGCCUCUUCUCGGCUUCCUCUGCCUCCUUGAGGAGCCUCUUCUCGGCUUCCUCUGCCUCCUUGAGGAGCCUCUUCUCGGCUUCCUCUGCCUCCUUGAGGAGCCUUCUGCUCGGCUUCCUCUGCCUCCUUGAGGAGCCUCUGCUCGGCUUUCUCUGCCUCCUUGAGGAGCCUCUGCUCGGCUUCCUCUGCCUCCUUGAGGAGCCUCUGCUUGGCUUCCUCUGCCUCCUUGAGGAGCCUCUGCUUGGCUUCCUCUGCCUCCUUGAGGAGCCUCUGCUUGGCCUCUUCAAUCACCAACGAAGGGACGAUCCUCCCCUUGUAGACAACAUUGACAUCGACGCAUUCGUUGUCAUCAAGCUCGAUGUCCAUCACUAUACAUUGAGCCUCGGCAGCCAUCUCGGGCUCUGAAUCCUGGUCUGGGUCUGGAGCCAUAACUGUGGUGUGAGGUCGGCCUGGGGCCUGGGCUUGCACACGAUGAGUCCCCGGGUCUCCGGCGCAGCCUGAUCACCUUCUACCUGCAGCUCUGUCAGGCUCUGGGCACUCAUUCUCUCAUUCGCUUUCUGUUAUUCAAAAUGUUAAUACUAAAUUAACAACAAUUGCAAUUACGAACACUAUUGUGCUAUUGAAUAAUCAUCAUCAUAAUGUAAUCAUACAUCAUCGUUAUUGUCAUCAUAUAAUGUCAUAUCAUCUUCAUAAUCUUUGUCAUAAUGUCUGCCUUGCCUGCCAUCUUAGCCUCUCAAACUGUUGUUGACGCUCUCUACCAGCUUUCAUGAUCCUCGUCUGUCUCAACUGGAGAUCAGUCUUUCGGGUUUUGCGCCUCCCUGCAUAUGGCCUUGAACCACUCCAUUUCAGCUUUUUUCUUCCUCUCAAUCUCUUGAAUAGCUUCCUGUAGUCGUCCUUCAAACUCCUCUUCCGUAUUCUUUCUAAGGCACAUCUCUAUUUUCCUUUUCAUUUGUUGGAGUUUCUCCAGCUUGUCCUACUUUGAUCUUCCCUAGCUCUUCCUCCAACUCCGUUCUUCUGUUGGUCUCCUCCUGGAUCCUGGUCCUGACCCUCUCAACCAGUCCUUUUCUCGCUCUCUCUGCCUCCAAGAUGGCUUUGCGGCCUCCUGAGCCUGCUCUGCUUCUUCCUCCUGAGCCUGCUCUGCUUCUUCCUCCUGAGCCUGCUCUGCUUCUUCCUCCUGAGCCUGCUCUGCUUCUUCCUCCUGAGCCUGCUCUGCUUCUUCCUCCUGAGCCUGCUCUGCUUCUUCCUCCUGAGCCUGCUCUGCUUCUUCCUCCUGAGCCUGCUCUGCUUCUUCCUCCUGAGCCUGCUCUGCUUCUUCCUCCUGAGCCUGCUCUGCUUCUUCCUCCUGAGCCUGCUCUGCUUCUUCCUCCUCCAUCCGGCGGAGCUUAUCUUUUAGGCGCUGAUUCUUGGUCUCUCUCUCUCCUCCCACCUCCUCUCCAUUUCUUUACGGAGUACGAUGUUGCACCUCUCCCUGGUGCUCUCUGCUCUCUUUGACCCGUCCUCUCUUUUAUCCGUGAGUCCUCUCUGACCUUUGAUCCUUAGGUCAGGACUGCUCGAUUCAUUUGCCAUUCUUCUUCUAACAGGAGUAACAGAACAUAUAAAACAACAUUUACAGAACAUAUAGGCUAAAUACACCAUUAACACAAGACACCAAUCCCAUAUAUCUUAUUCCAUAGAGAGAGAAUGCAAAGAACACAAUCAUCACCAAGAGCCUAUGAGCAGUUCUACAGUAUACAUGUACGAAUAACUUUUUCUUAUUUUAGUCACCGUUGAAAAUUCUACGCAGUUAUCUGAACAAUCACAAUAAAGAGCUAAUACUCCUAAAAAACAGACUAAGGUUGUGCACUACCAGACUAUAUAGUGCAUUACCUUUGACAAGAGCCCUGUGGGCCGGCCCGGGUGAAAAGUAGUGCAGUGUAUAUGUGUGUGUGUGUGUGUGUCUGUGUGUGUGUCUGUGUGUGUGUGUGUGUGUGUCUGUGUGUGUGUGUGUGUGUUUUAUAGCGUGCCAUUUGGGACACUCCAUUAAGGUAUGACUGAAGUCAGAUGAAGGUACUUACCAACACAUAGAGAUCAUAUUGUAUUACUCUUUAAGUAUUCUAAUUGUAUUUAAGUAUUCUAAUUCCUAAUUCUAUGUACCAACAGCACUCUGUCACACAACUUAAUCAGUACUGGUGGAUUUGGGCUUUUAUACCAUUUCCUGCAUUGUGAUGUCAUGCCUAUUUCUAUGAUGCCAUGCCUACAGUGACACGCAUACCACAAUUAGCCAUACUCGUACCCUGUAUUUCUGGCCCCCCUAAUUUCUUGUGAAACAGUUCUAUCAUACUGUGCCUCCAUAUCAAAGACAGUAAGAUGUCCCUAAUACAUCCCCAUCCUUUGUUUGUCAUAGAAACACAGAAUGCAAACACAACAGAGACACGUGAGGAAAAGUGUGUACAAAACAAAGGGGGCCUCCCGAGUGGCGCAGCGUUCUAAGGCACUGCAUCGCAGUGCUAGAGGCGUCACUACAGACGUGUUGCAGCCGGCCGCUACCGUUAUGCCCAUGAGGUGGCACACAAUUGGCCCAGCGUCGUCCGGGUUAGUGGAGGGUUUGGCCGGCCGGGAUGUCCUUGUCCCAUCGUGCUCUAGCGACUCCUUGUGGCGGGCCGGGUGCAUGCACGCUGACUCGUGUCGCCAGUUGGACGGUGUUUCCUCCAACACAUUGGUACGGCUGGCUUCCGUGUUUCGGAGGACGUAUGGCUCUCAACCUUUACCUCUCCCGAGUCCGUACGGGACCAAGUCAUUUAUACCAAAUAAAUCCCGGUGGUAAUAGGACAGUAAAACAUUGUGUUAUGAAUUGAUAGGUGUCCAUAGCUCUUUGAAAAUACAAAAAGGAGCAUACCUGGGUUUUCAAGACUAGGUAUGAGCAUGUUUCAUGAACAAGGCACUAGUUCGUUAUACUUUUAUUUAGUAGAUGGUGCGUGGACCUAAAAUGCUCAGUGAUGAAAAGAGGAAGGUCCACAAUAAAAUGUAGGAAUAAAAGUAAAUUAAUCCACUUUUAUUUCUAUUCACCUAAAUUCUAAGAUUUUGCUCCUUUGCGUCAUGAUGUUGUCAGUUUGUUGUCAGGUGAAUUGUGACUGAGUUAUACCUAUAUUUACAUUUGAGUCAUUUAGCAGACGCUCUUAUCCAGAGCGACUUACAAAUUGGUGCAUUCAACUAUAUCUGUGUUGCAGGACUACCUGGCCCACAUCAUCGACCAGGCAGACCUACCCAUUAGGCCAGAGCAGGUGUGUGCCCUGUUCGGAAACAUCGAAGACAUCUACGAGUUCAACAGGUGAGCCACUGACAAACUCAUUUCUCUUACCUUGUGAGGAUGUAGUGAAUUACUGAAUGAAGGAGUGAACGACUGAAUGAGUGAGUGACACUGUUUUUUCCCAGUACCCAAGUUACAGUGGCAAACAUGCACACUGAUUAACACUAUUGACAUUGGCAAGGCAAUUCUAUUCACCUAAUGAUGAAACUAUUGUGUCUUUAACACAACACGAGUGAGGAUCCUCAGUCAAAGUCACGUUCAUUAAAUAUUCACGAGAGGACAAUUUCAGAAAUGAUGUGCCUGAUUUGAUGGGUGAAAUUGCUGUCAUGGAAAUGUUGAUUGCUGAUCUUGGAUGACGACGUUAAUGACUAUGGAUUUGAUGAGGGCAUUUGGGGCACACAUUAACACGCGCCAUAGGCACACACACGUGUUCUUUGCACAUCUCGCUCCAGUAUACAAUGAAACAGCGUAUUUACUCUGUAACACUUUUUGUGACAGGCAACCACUCUCCUCAUUUUGUCGUCAAGGGUUUGUACACCACAGUUGGUUCAUGGUGCCAGGGAACAGUUUACAGAAGGCCCGCCUGUGUUGACAGUGGUCCUUUGUGCUCUGAAAGGCUCAGUUGUAUUAGCGUGUCAGAUCUAGAGCCAGAGACCCACAGAGAUGCCUAUUAGAGAGUGAGAUUUGGGUCGCAAGUGAAAAGGCGCGAAGUCCUGUGUUUAGGAAAAAUAAAUACUUUGGCCACACUGCCUCCCCACAUAAUGUAUGUGGGCACACACACACACACACACACACACACACACACACACACACACACACACACACACACACACACACAAACAAACACAAAUACAAAUAGCCGCUCUCUCCCCUCUUAUUCAGUGAAGCUUAUGAACAACACCAAAAGCUGUGUGUUAAAGAUAGCUCCCCUCAUGACCAGUAACGUCACCACUGUCCUACUGUUUGUUAGUGAACGGUCCUGUCCAAGGCCACACGCCUCACUACCCAGUGCUAUCCCAGAGUGCCUGAGAUUGGAGAGUCCCAGCUAUGCUUCGGCAUCCACAACAAUGAGACCCAUGUUUGUUAGUGGUGGGUCCUGUCCUUUUUAACUCUGAUAUACGAUGACAUGCAAUACUCCCUGAAGUUAGAGAUGGUACACCAAUACCCUCCCCUUUCCCCUACUACUGCAAUAGCACGUAAGAAGUAUAUCAUUAAGUAAGCACAAAGAAAAUGGCGUCGUGCUUAUUUUCAUUGGCCAAACUACAUGUUUUUUCCCAAUGUCCUCUAAUGAUGUCCUCUAACGAAAGUCAUCAUUGCUUGCCCCAGGAUCACUGGAAUAAUUUUUUUUUUUUAAACUGGAGUAUUUUGUAUGAUGUGUAGCACCAAAUAAGCCUUUUCAAGCCCUGCCUAUUGAGAAGAGGUAGGAUCAUUCAGUGGCACUUUUUUCGGGGUCACUGUUCAGAGGCCUUUACAGAGUAGAGUACAUCCUUGAACAACUUCUGUAGUGUACAGUAUAUGAGUAUUGCACGAGCCAGCAAAUCAAGAUGGAUGAUUAUUUGUCAGGUUUUAGGCAGACUGGUAUAGAUGAUUGGCUGUCAGAUUCCCUUUGUGGAAGUGAAGCGAAACGAGUGCAGCGGUCAGGAAGGUAGAUCAGACUCGGCUGCAACCACAGCAAAAGGGUUGUGAGCCUGGGGAGCAGCAAUCUUCUGUGUACGGGCCGCUCAAUCCUUUAUCUCAGUAUAAUUUUUUUUGCCCAGUACUGGUAUUCUCAAGUUCAGGGAUGUGCCUAUCAUAUCACCCGCCCUUUCUUCGUGGUAUUUGUGUGAAACCAUUGCCCUACAUAUCUUCCUUUCACAGAAAUCCAGUAAAUGGGGUGUACUGUAUUAGGGAUGGGCAUUUGUCAUUUUUUGACUGUUCGAGUACUCCGAUUUUCUUUUUUUAGUACAAAAGAUACAGAAAAUAAUAAUACUUUUUGAACACAAGGCCCGCACUGAAAAAAAAGAUGUGCGCAUUUAUGCCAACAGAUCGCAACAAUGCCUAAUUUAUCAUAACCGUAACAGAUAACAAAUCGCCAUUGCUAAAGUACCCCAUAUAUAUUUGGUCCUUUUAAAAACCUGCUGUAUGUAAAAUAUUGUGUGCUAUAGCUUGGAAAAUAAAUACAUGUGACUCUGGAUAACAACAUAAUGAUGUUUGUUUCCAACAUUAGGUCUGUUUUCCUAAAGAAGUUAAAUCCGCUUUGUGUUUUGUUUACUUGCCACGAUGCUAAUGAGUAUCACAAUACUGGUAUCGUCCCGGCCCUACAGUUAUGUUAUCUAAGUAGGCCUACAUCUCUUCUCCAAACUGACAAUGAAUCAAGGGAUGGUUGAUGACUUGGCAUGAAGUGCGUCCGGUCUGGAACAAAGUAACUUAUUUGAUUCCUGUGUUUUUCUAACUCAUGGUUAGAAAUAGAGAAGGCAUUAGUCCUGUUGGCGUCGUUACUGGAUGAAUAGCCACUCUUAUCUCUUAUUUAACCCACCAAGGGUUGGUUUGUUCAAUUAUGUGCUGAUGGUGGGUUUUCCCCUCAGUGAGAAAAGAGAUAUGUGCAAACUGUUCUGUUCUGAGGUAUUGUCGACCUUCAACUAACCUGCGAUUGCCCUGAAGCUCUUUACCUGUCUGCUUCCUCACUGGCAAUGCCCAAUAGCAGUCCUUCAGAGUGGGGAAUUUAUCUUCAUCUUGUACCCAAAUGUGUCCCUGUUACAUGUUAAAGGGAGAUCAUGGGUAAUGCUUCCCAGGUAGCCAUUUUCUUUAUUCCUCUUCCAGACGGUUAAAUCAUUCCAAGGCUUCUGCUACUUGUUCUCUUCUUAUCUCUCUCCCUCUCUUCACCUCCUCUCCUCUCUCCCUCUCUUCACCUCCUCUCCUUCCAUUUUCUCCCCAACUCUUGUCCCUUUAUCAGUCUUUACAUGUUCUUAUACUGCCUCUACCAGUCAGCCCUGUAAUUAAAACCCUGUACUAAAAAUGUUUUUAAACGUCUUCACUAAUGUAUUCCCUGCUGCUAUAUGGCUAAACUCCCUGAGACCGAAUACUUUCAAGACAGAGAGGCCUCAGACCCUGUUUACCAAACUGACACGUCUGUCUGUUGUCGUCCCCUCAUUGUUUAGUCUCACCGGGGGACUUUUUUUGCUACUCCAUUGGUUGUGGAUGGUAAGUUUUGGUUUGCCCGUUUGAAGUUGCUGACUAAGUGCAUGCUAGCACUGAGGGCAUGGUGUGCUGUGGCGUGCAGUCUGGGUUUGCUGUGUCUCUCGUGUGGUAGGGCAUCCAGUGUGAUUUGGACUCCUCAACGCUGGAAGAUUGUCUUUCCCAUUUCCCCUGUGGUCAUGGCUCCCGACGCUCCAAAGCAAACAACUCUGGGCACGAAGACAAGAUGGCAACAGAACCAUAUUUAACCACCUCUCUUUUUCUAUUAUCGAUUAUGAAAUGUAGGGGAUUGUCGACAAAAGCCUGAAAUAAAUGCUGCUUUGGUUUGUAUGUUACAAGUGUGAUUGAAAUGUACUGCACUACGAUAAGUCAUACUGUAUAAUUUGCCAUUUGAUCUCAAUCUAACCAGGCCUCACCUUUGACCUCUUCCCUCUGACCUCUCUAUUGCAGUGAACUGCUGCAGUCCUUAGAUAUGUGUGACAACGACCCUGUUGCCAUCGCUAGGUGCUUUGUCAUGAAGGUUAGUGCAAUUCCAGUCCUGUUCUGCUAUGCAUGAUUCUCUGCCCUACUGAAUAUUUUAGUCCAGUGCUUGAAACCAAUAGCUCGUCAUCAUUUUUUAUGGAUUAACACUCGAUCUAACAAUAUUGAGACUAUAUAAUGUAUUAUUUUUUCUUUCAGAGAGAGUAUUUUGAGAUCUAUACACAGUACUGUACCAACUACCCAAAGUAAGUGAACUCUCUUAACUGGCCAGUGUACCUGGCAUGUGCAGCUUUACUGGUUCAACUGUUCCCAGAAACAGACUGAGCAUGUGAAGAAAACCGUGGAUGACUUCAGAUAUUGGGGGAUGUCUGCUACUGACACCUAGUGGUGGAAAGUAUACUCUGUUUGCUGUGCUGUUACUCAAGAAAGGAGUUCUCUGGAAAAAUCUCAUUGUACCAGUGGAGUCUGCUGAGGGUUGAACGGCUCAUAAUAAUGGCCGGAACGGAGCAAAUGGAAUGUCAUCAAACACCUGGAAACCAUGUGUUUGAUGUAUUUGAUACCAUUCCACAGAUUCUUCUCCAGGCAUUCCCACGAGCCCGUUCUCCCCAAUUAAGGUGCCACUGACCUCCUGUGCAUCCUACACACCUACUAGUUGUGUUUUCAACCCACUCCAGAGAUGUUAUGUACAAAUUAUAGUCAUUUUGCUCAAACUAAAUGGGUGAGAUGCAAAAAUAAUGGAAAGGAUAAUAUCUAAAUGGAUAAAUCGGGGAGCUUAUUUGACACAAACAUUAAAUUGUACUAGAGAUGAUAAGUGUGUAGAUGUGCACCAGCUUUAUCCAUUCACAGAACUAAGUGUUGGACAGUGAUUGAAUAAUUACAACACAAGACUUUCCUCUAGACUCAUUCUGUAGUACUGACCCGGUCCUCUCCAUCUAGGUCUGUUUCUGUAGUACUGACCCGGUCCUCUCUCCAUCUAGGUCUGUUUCUGUAGUACUGACCCGGUCCUCUCUCCAUCUAGGUCUGUUUCUGUAGUACUGACCCGGUCCUCUCUCCAUCUAGGUCUGUUUCUGUAGUACUGACCCGGUCCUCUCUCCAUCUAGGUCUGUUUCUGUAGUACUGACCCGGUCCUCUCUCCAUCUAGGUCUGUUUCUGUAGUACUGACCCGGUCCUCUCCAUCUAGGUCUGUUUCUGUAGUACUGACCCGGUCCUCUCCAUCUAGGUCUGUUUCUGUAGUACUGACCCGGUCCUCUCUCCAUCUAGGUCUGUUUCUGUAGUACUGACCCGGUCCUCUCUCCAUCUAGGUCUGUUUCUGUAGUACUGACCCGGUCCUCUCUCCAUCUAGUUCUGUGGCUGCUCUGACAGACUGCAUGAGGAACAAAUCUCUGGCCAAGUUGUUCCGCGAGCGGCAGGCUUCUCUGAAACGCUCCCUUCCCCUGGGCUCCUACCUGCUCAAGCCUGUACAGAGGAUCCUCAAGUACCACCUACUGCUUCAGGUACAGAGAUAGGAUCAGUUUUGCCUUUUAGGUCACAAUGAAUACGAUUAUAUGGACCUGAUCCUAGAUCAGCACUCAUACUCUUUGAAUACAGCCUGUUGAGAGGAUCGUCACGUACCACAGUUACUCCAGGUAGAUAGAAACUAACCACCCAAGGAAUGCCAUUUCACAGCAUCCUGGUUCAAAUGCAUCUUUCCUUCCUACCCUCCCACUUCAUAGAUUUCCCCUAUCCAUCCAUGUCAGAUCAGUAAUUACUCUGAGGAUUGGAGGAAGAAAGGAUGCAUUUUUGAAAUAACCAAUUCGGGUUCUCCAAAGGAGCUUGAAAUUAUUCAGAUACAGUACCAGUACAACUACUCAUUCAAGGGUUUUUCUUUAUUUUUACUAUUUUUUACAUUGUAGAAUAAUAAUGAAGACAUCAGAACUAUGGAAAACACAUAUGGAAUCAUGUAGUAACCAAAAAAGAGUUAAACAAAUCAAAAUAUAUUUUAUAUUUGAGAUUCUUCAAAUAGCCACCCUUUGCCUUUAUGACAGCUUUGCACACUCUUGGCAAAUAUAUUUUGAUUUGUUUAACACUUUUUUUUGGUUACUACAUGAUUCCAUAUGUGUUAUUCCAUCAUUUUGAUGUCUUCACUAUUAUUCUACAAUGUAGAAAAUAGUAAAAAUAAAGAAAAACCCUUGAAUGAGUAGGUGUGUCCAAACUUUUAACUGGCACUGUAUGUAUGUAUGUAUGUAUGUAUGUAUGAUAUAUUGACACCAGAGGUUCAACUUCUUACAAGAACAAACAGAACAACUCUCACUACGGAGCCAUGCCUGUGAGAAGUGCACACACUGAGUUGACUAAUUUAACUAACUAUGGUGUUCCUUCUGCAGGAGAUAGCCAAGCACUUUGACCCAGAAGAGGAAGGCUAUGAGGUAGUGGAGGAAGCCAUCUACACCAUGACAGGCGUGGCCUGGUACAUCAACGACAUGAAGAGGAAACAUGAGCACGCCGUUCGACUGCAGGUUAGCAGACGCCUCAUUCACGCAAACACCCAUGUAAACAUAUUCUCAGACAAUUACCAGACAAUUACCACACAAAGAGCAGAACACACACCCAUCAACACGCGCCAUAAUUUCACACCAUAAACCUACAUCCUUUCACACCCUGUGUAGUCAAUGUGAAUAAGCCCCUCACACAAUAAUUGACAUUUAAACCCACUGGCCGUCUGUCUGAUCAUCUCUCAUCUUGUGCUGUCAUUACAUUUCAAUUAGGCUGUAGCAGGUCAGCUCCGUGGACGUCAAGGGCUGCGUCCCAAAUGGCAAACCAUACCCUACAUAGUGCACUACUUUUUUUUACCAGAUUCCUAUAGGCCCUGUUCAAAGGUAGUGCACUAUAAAGGGAAUAGGGUGCGAUUUGGGACGAAGCCAAAUGUUCUGACCAUCAUGUGGUCCUCUGUAGCUCAGCUGGUAGAGCACGGCGCUUGUAACGCCAAGGUAGUGGGUUCGAUCCCCGGGACCACCCAUACACAAAAAUGUAUGCACGCAUGACUGUAAGUCGCUUUGGAUAAAAGCGUCUGCUAAAUGGCAUAUUAUUAUUAUUAUUAUUAUUAUGUACAGUUCAAACCCUCCAUGGUUCUCCUCUCUUGUUAAAUUAGAUUGAGUCUACAAAAUUCCCGACCAGGGGCAACAUGACGCGGUCAACUCCAGGAGACCCACACAGAGUAGCUCUCUCAGGACAGUGCAUGGGAGCUUGUCGUGAAAGGCCAUGUAAAAAUAAACAGCGACUACAGUGUGUUCUUAGGCUAAUUCCUCAUGGGCCCAGCUAUUUAUUGGUCGGAGCUUGUUGGAAUAGAUUUGUUUCUCAUGUGCAGUUAGGCUUGAUUAUGUAUUUAAUCCUGGUUGGAGGAUCUAUUACCCCAAACUACCUCAAAAUACCCACAAACAACCCCAACAUACCCCAACGACCCCAAAACACCCCCCCCCCAACAACCCCAAAAUACGCUCACACCCCCCAACAACCCCAAAAUAGCCCCAACGACCCCAAAAUACCCCCAACAACCUGGCUAUGCUCCAAAUACCCAUAUAAUUGCACACCUUCAAGAAACACCCUUGAACAUUUUGGGGAAAUGAAUUGCUUAACAUGGCUCGCGCCACAAUGAAACCUUUUUCCCCCUAUGAUGUCUACUGCUGUUGGGUAUCUAAUGAAUAGGUGCUCCUUCAUCACCUCACCUGUGUUGGCUUGUCCAGGAGGUCCAGUCGUUGCUGAUCAACUGGAAAGGACCGGACCUGACCACUUACGGGGAACUGGUCCUGGAGGGCACCUUCAAGGUCCACCGGGCCAAGAACGAGCGCACACUCUUCCUCUUCGACCUUAUGCUCCUCAUCACCCGGCGCCGAGGAGAGCACUACGUCUACAAGACCCACAUCUCGGUGAGUGCUGCUUGCUGGGGUCAAGGGUAAGGGGAUCAGGAUCUCUACAACACCUUGUCCCGUUUCAAAUCUCCAUUAUAUUCCAAUCACUUACAGUUUGAUUGGCGAAAAGUAAUUAAAUGUAUGUCUAUAUCCUGUGUUGCAUUUAUUGUAUAUUAAUUAUUUGGAGAUUUACGUAAUUUUGACCUUAUGCUCUGAUAAUGCCUUCUCAAUGGUCCCUAAGGGGAUUAAUGAAGACGUAUUGAAUUGAAUUUUAAUUCAAUUGAAAAACAGAUCUGAGUGUGUUUAGGCUUAUCUGUGGCUAAUGUCUGUCCCAUUGGACUAAACUAGCUUCCUUUCCCCAUUUCCUUCCUUUCCUGAUGAUGAAUGACAGAUUAGGUGGUAGGAGAGUAAUCUAGCUAUUCCUUUCCUGAUGAUGAAUGACAGAUUCGGUAGUAGGAGAGUAACCUAGCUACUCCUUUCCUGCGUCAGUGAUAAUGAAGGAAAGGGAGCUAUUUAGGAUUCUUUGGACUGGACCCGAUUCUUUCUCUCGUUCUAACUUUCUUCCACCUUCCUGAUAUGUCACAUUUGUCUUUCCGUUCUUUCUGGUGACACUGGGUUUGAUACGCCAAAGUAUCCCCUACGCACGGAAUGAAUGAAUAUACUUCAGUAUUAAAUCUAAUUAUUUUAACAAUAUUUCACUUGUCUUUCAUUUCUCUUGUGUUUUGGCUAAAGUGCUCCACCCUCAUGCUGAUCGAGAGUGCCAAGGACUCUCUGUGCUUCAGCGUCACUCACUACAAGCACCCCAAGCAGCCUCACACAGUGCAGGUGAGUGAGGGAGACCUCUCAACCAACCGCACAGUACCACAGUGGCUAAUUAAUGGGAAUUCAGAGUCAUGGUAGGAGAACAUAAAGACACGUUAGGAGUGGACUUUUAGAAUCAUGAAUGCCAUAGUAACCCUGUGUAGCAUGUGAAUCAGAUUACAGUAUUGUGUGUGUGGGGGAGGGUUGGUUUUACUAUCCUUGUGGGGACCAGACGUCCUCACAAGGAUAGUAAAACAAGGAGAAAAACAGACAAGUGGGCACAUUUCGCAGGUCCCCAUAAGUACAACAGGCAAUUUUAGACUUAAGGGUUAGGAGUUAGGUUUGGGAACUUACCUGACCCUCUCUCACCCCUCCUCUCCUCUCCCACUCUCUUACCCUCAGGCCAAGACUGUGGAAGAGAGAAAACUAUGGGCCCAUCACAUCAAAAGGAUCAUUCUAGAAAACCAUCAAGCCAUCAUCCCUCAGAAGGUACACAUGAGGUGCUAUUGCUAAAAUGAAAGAGGGCAGAGGGAGGGGGGCGUGGUAAUCUAAGGGAGGAUAGCUGAUGGUUGUUUUUGUGUUUAUUUCUAUCAGGCAAAGGAGGCCAUCUUAGAAAUGGACUCGAUUUGUGAGUAUUCACAGUGAUAAUUCAUGCACUUUACUGCCCAGCCACCACAUCUAUCCAGCAUAUUUUUGUAUCCAAGCAACAUCGGAAUGAAGUUGAUUUAUUUCAGAGUGGCAGAGAGGGUGCUUUUAAUAUACUGAACAAAAAUAUAAACGCAACAUGCAACAAUUUCAACAAUUUUAAUGAUUUUACUGCGUUAUAGUUCAUAUAAGGAAAUCAGUCAAUUGAAAUCAAUUCAUUAGGUCCUAAUCUAUGGAUUUCACAUGACUGGGCAGGGGCGCAGCCAUGGGUGUGCCUGGGAGGGCAUAGGCCCACCCACUUGGGAGCCAGGCCCACCCACUGGGGAGCCAGGCCCGCCAAUCAGAAAUCGUUUUCCCACAAAAAUUGCUUUAUUACAGACAGAAAUACUCCUCAGUUUCAUCAGCUGUCCGGGUGGCUGGUCUCAGACGAUCCCGCAGGUAAAGAAGCCGGAUGUGGAGGUCCUGGGCUGACGUGGUUACACGUGGUCUGCGGUUGUGAGGCCGGUUAGACGUACUGCCAAAUUCUCUAAAACGAUGUUGGAGGCAGUUUAUGGUAAAGAAAUUAACAUCAAAUGAUCUAUCAACAGCUCUGUUGGACAUUGCUGCAGUCAGCAUGCCAGUUGCAUGCUCCCUCAAAACUUGAAACAUCUGUGGCAUUGUGUUGUGUAACAAAACUGCACAUUUUAGAGUGGUCUUGUAUUGUCCCCAGCACAAGGUGCACCUGUGUAAUGAUCAGGCUGUUUAAUCAGCUUCUUGAUAUGCCACACCUGUCAGGUGAAUGGAUUAUCUUGGCAAAGGAAAAAUGUUCACUAACAGGGAUGUAAACAAAUGUGUGCACAACAUUUAUAGAAAUAAGCUUUUUGUACAUAUGGAACAUUUCUGGGAUCUUUUAUUUCAGCUCAUGAAACAUGGGACCAACACUUUACAUGUUGUGUUUAUAUUUUUGUUCAGUAUAGAUAAAUUAUUCUUUUAUAGAUGUCAUAGAAAUGAUGGAAUGGCAGUCGCUGUGUAUUUAUUCUGUCAGACCGCUCCCUUUUACAGGCCUCUUCAUUAGUGCUUUAAAUGAACAUUAAUAUAUGUGUUAAUUAUAUACAAAAGCCACACACUGUAAUAAUAUUGGAAAGUGAGUGGAUUGAGCGUCAUGCAUCAGUUUAACAUUUUUGCAAGAAUUUGUAUUAAAAUGUUUCUUGGAUCAUGAUGUGUCAUUCAUUAUACUUUAAGUUGAUGUUGUUUUUCUCUGUGCCUGAAAGACCCAUCAAAGUUCCGGUACAGUCCAGAGAGAAUGAAAAAGGUCUGCCAAUCAGACGAGUUUCCCAGAGAAGGUCGUCAGGGGCGACGACAGUCAGGUAAGCACCCAACUUUAGUCCUGUAACUCAAAUCGGGUCUUCUAUUGAUGCGCAAACCCAUUCGCUACUGUGUAUGUGAAAGUACAGGGAAAAUAUAUAGGGAGACAUAUAUAUAUUAUGACACUAGCUUUAAUCACAUUUUGAUCAGAUUUGGCCAAUGCUCAAAUUGUGUGUCUGCUCAAAUUGUGUGUCAGUCACGUAACUAACAUUAACGGUAACUCACAUGCUUUUUUAGCCUGGAUUCAGAUUUGGAACGAUUUGUAGCUUUACGUGUCACAUUUACGUAAUUAAAACAUUCUAUCUCUCUGAAAAGGAUUUCACAAUGACCAUCCAUGUAGUUUUGAAUCGUGAUGAGGCGGGGACCGUCUGAAGUGUCUCCCUUUUGAGAUGUGCUCAUUGUCUAUUUCUCUCUCUCAGAACCAACCAAACAGAUCCUGAAGAACACCAAAGGUAAGGAUACGACACUUUCAUCCCAGCCAAUUUCAUAUGUCAUCAUCAGCCAUUAUUACACCUCCGAGAACCUUUUGUGACUGUUCAGAACUUACUUUUGCCUGUUGCAUUUGUCUUGUAACGGAUAGAUUCAACUUGAGAGGCAUUCAAAUGAGAUUAGGAAUUUGGGAAACACAAAACUAGAUUCCCCCCCCCCUCCUCUGUGUAGUAGUCACAGUUGGUAACCAAAGAUGAAAGGGUUAGCUUGAGGAAAUGCGCAUCUCCUAUGAUGCUGGUGCAAAUGGUGGAUUCUAUGUCUAGUAUUUAGUAUUUGAUUAGGAUCCCCAUUACCUCCUGUCAAGGCAGCCGCUGCUCUUCCUGGGGUCCAAACAGGAACAGAACAACACGUCACAACAAAACAAUAGUCUACAUCAUUAAUAAAACAAUACGUCACACAAAGACAUUGUGCACUAUUCAAAUGUACACUGCUCCACCAGUCUGUGAUGAGGGACAAUGGCACAGCAGGUGCUUCAAAGGAACUGUGGGUAGCAGGUAAAAGGAAAGCCCUUUUUGUCCGUGUUUUGAGGAGAUUAAAGGCUAAGGUCUUCUCCCUCUGAAAUUAGAGCAUAAAAGCCCCUUGUUUAAUAAAAUUAGAGCAUAAAUGCCCCUUGGUUAAUACAAUUAGAGCAUAAAUGCCCCUUGGUUAAUACAAUUAGAGCAUAAAAGCCCCUUGGUUAAUAAAAUUAGAGCAUAAAAGCCCCUUGGUUGCUCCAUCGAGUUUCGCUCCAGCUCUUUUCUAGCAGUCAAAUGUGGUUUGGAGCGCCGAUCAGUGUCUCUUGCCCAUUAGAUUGAUUCAGACAUUUUAGUGAAAAAUGUUCCGUUAGGAUUAUCCAUUUUAUUUUCUCAUGCACCUUGUGUGGUGUGAAAGUGAGCUAGGUUUGGGCAUCACAAAUGUCAUAUUCUCCAUGUUUUAGUGUUAGCGUUAACAAAUGGUCACCAAUGUUAGUCACUGUAACAACGGGAAUUCUGAAACGCUGCUGGUUGAAAAGGUGUAAGGCAAGCAAUAGCAUGGUCAAGGGUAUUUUUUUCCCAUUGCGAGCAAACUGAUGGCGGAUUGCAGAAUUUGACAAAUUAAUUUUCCGAACUCAAUAUUAAGCUGUCAGUCAUACGAUACUUUGGGUCAGGUUUCGUCUAAGGAGAUUAGACUCAUUCAUUGGUGAAGAGAACUCAAUGUCAUUUUCAGGGAGAAAUCAUAGUCAUUGCGUGCAUUUUUAAUUUGGCUUAUCAUAGGCUUGUGUAAUUACAGUUGACUGAAUACUUUCCUCUUUGUCCUUUUAUUAAACAUCUGAAAUAUUUCUCUACCCCCUCUUGUUCACUUUUCCUAUUAUCGGCGGGGAUCCUGCAGCCGUCCUCAAGGUAAGCCCAGAGUGAUUCAUUUUAAAUUGUCCUUGAUAACAAACUCUAUUAUACCGCUCUUACCUCUGCUCUCAGAGCCGAGCCGAGGGUAACUGCGGUUAAUCAUGUUGGUUAACAUGCCCUUCAAAGAUGGCUGACGUCAUAGAAAGGAAAGGCUUUUUCCCAAAUGAGAGGAAACGUACAUCUGGAGAUUGACAUAUUUCGUUUAGUGGGCUUAAAUUGAGGAAAUGUAAUGACGAGGUAUGGACGAUGUACAUACAGUGGGGAGAACAAGUAUUUGAUACACUGCCGAUUUUGCAGGUUUUCCUACUUACAAAGCAUGUAGAGGUCUGUAAUUUUUAUCAUAGGUACACUUCAACUGUGAGAGACGGAAUCUAAAAAUCCAGAAAAUCACAUUGUAUGAUUUUUAAGUUAUUAAUUUGCAUUUUAUUGCAUGACAUAAGUAUUUGAUCACCUACCAACCAGUAAUAAUUCCGGCUCUCACAGACCUGUUAGUUUUUCUUUAAGAAGCCCUCCUGUUCUCCACUCAUUACCUGUAUUAACUGCACCUGUUUGAACUCGUUACCUGUAUAAAAGACACCUGUCCACAUACUCAAUCAAACAGACUCCAACCUCUCCACAAUGGCCAAGACCAGAGAGCUGUGUAAGGACAUCAGGGAUAAAAUUGUAGACCUGCACAAGGCUGGGAUGGGCUACAGGACAAUAGGCAAGCAGCUUGGUGAGAAGGCAACAACUGUUGGCGCAAUUAUUAGAAAAUGGAAGAAGUUCAAGAUGACGGUCAAUCACCCUCGGUCUGGGGCUCCAUGCAAGAUCUCACCUUGUGGGCCAUCAAUGAUCAUGAGGAAGGUGAGGGAUCAGCCCAGAACUACACAGCAGGACCUGGUCAAUGACCUGAAGAGAGCUGGGAUGGAUUAAAAUCCUGCAGCGCACGCAAGGUCCCCCUGCUCAAGCCAGCGCAUGUCCAGGCCCAUCUGAAGUUUGCCAAUGACCAUCUGGAUGAUCCAGAGGAGGAAUGGGAGAAGGUCAUGUGGUCUGAUGAGACAAAAAUAGAGCUUUUUGGUCUAAACUCCACUCGCCGUGUUUGGAGGAAGAAGAAGGAUGAGUACAACCCCAAGAACACCAUCCCAACCGUGAAGCAUGGAGGUGGAAACAUCAUUCUUUGGGGAUGCUUUUCUGCAAAGGGGACAGGACGACUGCACCGUAUUGAGGGGAGGAUAGAUGGGGCCAUGUAUCGCGAGAUCUUGGCCAACAACCUCCUUUCCUCAGUAAGAGCAUUGAAGAUGGGUCGUGGCUGGGUCUUCCAGCAUGACAACGACCCGAAACACACAGCCAGGGCAACUAAGGAGUGGCUCCGUAAGAAGCAUCUCAAGGUCCUGGAGUGGCCUAGCCAGUCUCCAGACCUGAACCCAAUAGAACAUCUUUGGAGGGAGCUGAAUGUCCAUAUUGCCCAGCGACAGCCCCGAAACAUGAAGGAUCUGGAGAAGUCCCAAAAUCCCUGCUGCAGUGUGUGCAAACCUGGUCAAGACCUACAGAAAACGUUUGAUCUCUGUAAUUGCAAACAAAGGUUUCUGUACCAAAUAUUAAGUUCUGCUUUUCUGAUGUAUCAAAUACUUAUGUCAUGCAAUAAAAUGCAAAUUAAUUACUUAAAAAUCAUACAAUGUGAUUUUCUUGAUUUUUGUUUUAGAUUCCGUCUCUCACAGUUGACGUGUACCUAUGAUAAAAAUUACAGACCUCUACAUGCUUUGUAAGUAGGAAAACCUGCAAAAUCGGCAGUGUAUCAAAUACUUGUUCUCCCCACUGUACGACAUAUUGCUGUACAUCCAUCCAUGGGGUUGAUAUACAUUUCCUGGGGGAAAGAAACAUAUAUUUUGGAACUGGUUGCUUUCUCAUGAUUAGUUCAGAACAGAUUAACAGAAUUCUAUUCAAUUUCCACUCCAUGCAGUGUCUUAUCCGAAGGUGGGGGAACUCUGAACGCAAUGUGAAAUGCAUGUGUCAAUUGGCAAUCAAUGUCUUAUUCCUAGACACCCUAGUGGUCUUAAUAGCACUGUCUGGGAUUUACUCUAGCUCUAUAAUGUCACGACAUGUGGGUAUGAGACGAUUUUGUAAUAAGACUCAUGUUUUCACACAAUCCAGAGUAUUUGCUGAGUGUGUGGAGAUACCCAACAGGCUUUACUGAAUAGGUCUUGAGGUGGUUCAUCAGACAAAAUGCAUUGAGUGAUCCAGGGAAAUCUGUGUGACUUCACGCUACAGCACGCAGACAGCGAAGGGGCCCUACCAGACGACCCGCGCUCCAUUCAGGCCGCCGCUAGUGUCAGCACCCUGGGCUCAAGCCUAGGCGAGUCCGAGGCUGAGAGGCCUAGCGUGGAGGAGGAAGAAGAAGAGGAGGAUAUGGGCCUUAGGAAGGACUCUCUUGAGAGGCUAAGCCCAAGUGACAUUGAGGAGCCGAGGACAGGGUCAGCGUCCCACGAGGGCAGGGCGACCCUGGGGGAGGAAUGUGACUCAGAUGAUAUUCUGAUGGAGGAAGACCAGGUAGAGGACUUUGCCAGUUCCAUGCUGGCCGCCAUCUCCUGUUGGCACUAUAGAGCCAGGGCUUUGCUUUCCAUGGGGGUCAUAACGGUGAGACUCUAGCUGCCACCAUCGGGUUUCCUUUUUCUUCUAAGCUUUGUAGCGAACCCCCCUCCAGUCCUCAGCUUGGCCACAUUGGUCCACCCUAGUCCUAGCCCAAUGUCUUGUCAGUCAUAACCUACUAAUGUCUUGGAUAACCCCUUGUCAAUGCUAUUCGCAUCCUGCAAACGGCGACUGACUUUUGUGAAUGACGCUCCGUCUAAGUUUGUAUGUUCUUUGUCUCAAUGCUUUCUACAUUAGACUAAUAGAUGCAUGAUCUUCAUACUCCUGGAGCACCUCUAAUGCUGCUUCUGUAGUUUGGCUGUACUGGGUGCAUGUUUGAGUGACUGCCAGUGCUGCAGAAACAAGGGGAUGAAUGGAACCUUAUUCAUUUCUAUUUAACUGACAAAAUGACCUUCGUUGUUUUGCUGCUAUUUACAAUGUCGUUAUCAUUGCCUCUUGUGAAUCUCUCAAUUAAAAUCAAAUCAAAUCAAAUCAAAUUUUAUUGGUCGCAUGCGCCGAAUACAACAGGUGCAGACAUUACAGUGAAAUGCUUACUUACAGCCCUUAACCAACAGUGCAUUUAUUUUUAACAAAAAAAGUAAAAAUAAAACAACAACAAAAAAAGUGUUGAGAAAAAAAAGAGCAGAAGUAAAAUAAAGUAACAGUAGGGAGGCUAUAUAUACAGGGGGGUACUAAAAAGGGUCGGCAACUGCCCUCAUCUCUCAGUUUAGCCCAAACCUGGGCUCCAACUCCAAUGUCUCACACUGACACUGAUCCCAGGAUAGGUACACACUAAUAAAAGAGCAGUCACCCUUUCUGUUUGUGCUCUAAACUACUGACCAGUCCUGAAGGUGAUGCAUAGUGUCCUGGUUUUAAACCAGCUAUGUUUCAUCUCUAAAAACAUCCCCUGGUAUUUUCUUACUUGUCUGUUUUAAUGAUGCUGAACUAAAAUGAGUGUUUACUGCUACUUGAGUGUCAGUCUGAUAUUAGCGGCGUCUGUUAACACAACACUGAUUUGCAUGUCUGCUGGGAUUGGUCAUGCAUAGAGUGGGCCGUUGAUAAUGAAGUUUGCUGAUUCACAACCCAGGCUUUAGCUGGCUCUAAUCCCCUUGCAAAUGCAUUACCGUCUGUAUUUUCAGACUCAAAUAAUUAGUCCCAUUCCUACCAUGCACAUCAUCUCAAACAGAUCGGUAUCAUGUUUCACUCUUAUAAUUUAAGUAAUGUGAGACUAUAGACCCCAGAGAGGGACAAAAAGAACAGGAUUUAUUGGCAAUUUAUACAAUUUUAUAAAAGCAAUCUGGAAGACAAAUAUUGUAUUACUGCUUAUCAAGAAGCAUUAUCCCUGUCUUGGCUGAGGUUAGGAAGCUAAUUGGCUGAGGUUAGGAAGCUAAUUUUAAAUAUUUUAAACCUGGUUCUAAAAUUCUCUAUUGUUUUGUCUUGAAGGAUGAAGAGGGAGACAACGUCAUUGAGGAGAAUGGGUGUUACAAAGAGAAUGGGCAUUCAUCUGGUCCUGUGUUACAGUCGGGGACAGAGCAAAGCACCUCCAUCGCGGAAAAGGUAAAGGAGUGUCAGAGCUGGUUGGUAUUUGUGCUCCUCACUGUACCGUCUGAAUCUGUGAAAAAUCAAACAUCAUCUUGGGGAUGGAGGGAAAACAUGACUCAUCUGCUGUCUACUCCACUUUCAUCUGUCUCAAGUCUCUGGGACUUGAAGGAUUGGGUUUGUCUUCACCGCUGUCUCUGCUCCAGCCAGUGCCGCUGACAUUAUUCAGUGACACAUUGUGCCCAUCUGUCUUGACUGAUGUCUUCCAUCGAAGGAUGGCAGUGGAACUGGCCUGUCUGGGUCAAUGUGCACCUUCCCAUUUACACCAGAGAUCUGUAUAUAAUGAAGAGGUGCACGUUUCUGCCCUAACAAUGGCAGUCGUUGUCCCAAAGGCGGGAAGGCAGGCGACAAGUUUAAGUCCAAAAUAAGCCCAUAGAAACGUAUUGUGCAUAUUUUGGACAGAUUUUAGUGAGAGUAAACCUCUCACUUCGCCUCUUCCUCUAUGGUUUACACACACCAAACCCCUCCCCCCGCCUCUCACGCCAACAAAGUUGAGAGAUCACUUUUUUCUCUCAGACAAGCGGUUUCAACUCGCUAUUUGCAUUUGAGGUUUGGCCCAACAGAGUCGGUAAUAUGGACACCAAUUCACCUGGAGACAUUAAUUUACUGUAAUAGAGGAGAAGUUCCCUUUUCUAACGAUACCCUUUUUAUGUCUCAGCUACUCAAAUUGCGCGCAGAGCAGACGCUACUAAAACGAGAGUAUCAAUGAUUGAUUCAUUGAUUCUGAAAAGUGAAUGCUCAGUUUGUCAUAUUGGGGUACCAUGUACCGCGAACAGCCAAAUACUGUUAUACUAGCUGUCUAGUCUGUGUUUUAUAAAUGUGCAAUAAGCAUAAAACACAAUUAUAUAAGGUAUUGGCAACUCGUUCUCAUUCUGAGAAAUAAGGUAGGCCACUUGAUUUCAACAGCUGAACAAAGUGGACAGGCAAAAAAAUAUAUAUAAUAGUUGGAGACAGACAGAAGGGUGUGUUCAUAACAAUUCAACUGUUCAACCUUGUUAGCAAAGAAAUCCAAGUUGGCUAAACUUGAAAGAUAAAGAUUAGCUGGCUAAUCACUAGCACGUGGGCUUGAGAGAUUGUUGAUGAGACCUUUGUUAAUUUUCUAUAGCCUAAUGACUGCUACAAGAAGUUAGUAAUUAUUAGUGAAUGUGCAUUAUGCAUGGUUCUAGAAAAAUGUGUAACAAAAAAGGCAAUUUUCAUAGACAGACUUGAAAGCUAUAUCAGUGAUUAUAAAAAAAAAAAAAAGCAGGUUAAACUAUUUUGAUAAAAUAAUAAAAUAAUGAAUGGGUGUUAUGGUUGUGGAAGGCUUAUAUUUAGCCUAGGUAAAACUUCACAAGCCCUGAAUUCAUUAGAUUAUUGCUGACUGUUUUAAAUGGUCCUCUGUAGCUCAGCUGGUAGAGCACGGCGCUUGUAACGCCAAAGUAGUGGGUUCGAUCCCCGGGACCACCCAUACACAAAAAAAUGUAUGCACGCAUGACUGUAAUUCGCUUUGGAUAAAAGCGUCUGCUAAAUGGCAUAUUAUUAUUAUUAUUAUUAUUAUUAUUAUUAUUAUUAAAUGCAGUGUAUUUGACCUGUAAUUGUACAAUGAUUAUUUAGAGAAAACAUUUAAAAAAUCGAGCUGUAUAUUGUGAAUCGCUCAUAAGUUUGAAAAAAUGGAGAUCUGAUUUUCAGGCCGUAUCGCCCAGCCCUACCACAACCCCAUCAAAGUUGCCCAUCACUGCUGUAGAUGUUCAACAUAAAAAGCACUACUUUCAUGGAACAACCCAGGUACUGACACAUUUUUAAAGAUGCACAUUUUGCAUUGUUUGUUUUCAGUGUAUUUUGAAAAAGACUUCACUUGUUUAGAGAGUUGAUUUUUGCAGCAACAGAAAAUCCCUCCGCCAUUUCCUGAUUGCAAAAAUUCUAAUAGUUUGCCUAAUUUCAGUUUGUGACAAAACAGGCAAUGCAUAGUGUAGUGUAGAGAAUCAUUGUACCAUCUAAACCGCUGUGAAAUAUUUGUAUUUUCAGCUGUUUGAAGCUGGUGUACAAAACCAAAAGUAAAAUACGCAAAAGCGAAACUUCAGAACGGAAAGUAUAGAAACAGCGCACAUAGAAGACAUCUACCGCUUCUUAGACUUGCUUUCAAUGAGAGACAGAUCUACAACUCAGAUUUGUAUGUGAAUUUGGUCGGGUCGCCCAAAAAGUUACAUAUUGCAGCUUUAAGGAUGGAGGUUGCUUUUGUGCUCUUACUUAGAAUUACCCUUUUUCUCCAGGUUACUCAGGACAAGCCGCUGCUCCAGACCAAGACCUCUGCCUCGGAGUCCACUGAAAGGCCUAAGCCAGCCCCCUCGGACUCAGAGAAGGCUUCUGCCACUCCCCCCAAGGUCUGCACCACUCCCCCCAAGGUCUGCACCACUCCCCCCAAGGUCUGCACCACUCCCCCCAAGGUCUGCACCACUCCCCCCAAGGUCUGCACCACUCCCCCGAGGAUGGAGGUACCAGAGCCUCAGAGGGACAAGGAGGACGCGAUGGAGGAACAGGACGAGGCGUCGUCAGCAUCUCAGUCAGAUGACAUAAAAACUUUGAGCAGUGCAGAUUCUUCAGAAGAAGAGGAGGAAGUAGCAGCAGCACAGGAGAGCGGCCCCAGCAGCAUUCUGCCUCCCUCCGUACUGAAUCAAGCCAGUGCCAUCGCAGAGCACUUCACCAACACCGCCAGGCGAGGCAGCACGGAUGACGCCCGCUCCCUUGGCUGCUCCUCGCCACGCCUUCCCAGCCGUACUGGCAGCACCCUCAGCCUUGGCGGCGAAGCCAAUGAACGCCCCCACUGGCUGAACAGCACCUGCUUCGAACCAACCCAGGACAACUUUGGCGGAACGGAUCUGACUAUGCUUUCUCCGAGGGACGACAGCCUCUUUGAGAUCCACAGGAGGAGAGACUCUACCCUAUCCAAGCAGGACCAGUUGCUCAUUGACAAAAUCAAAAGCUACUACGAGACUGCCGAGCACCAAGAUGCCAACUUCAGCCUCAGGCGCAGGGAGAGCCUGACCUACAUCCCUACUGGCCUUGUGAAGAACUCUGUCAGCUUGUUCAACAGUUCGGACGAGAGCCCUUGCGCAGAGAAAAGUGAUGCAUCAGCCUUGGCCACUUCCUCUGCACCUCACCCUUCCACUUCAGAACCCGAUUCAUCAACAGCUCCAGACGCCUGGGACCGCAUGACCUCCAGUGCAUCAUUUGACUCUCUGGAGUUGGAGAGAAGUAAGAAGCCUGAGGUGCUGGGUUCAGAGGCCGAGAGAAAGGACAGGUCUCUGAGUUUACAGGAGAGGCACAUCCAUGACGAGGAGUUCCGACCUUCAUCUGAGAUGAUCAAGGUUUGGCAGGACAUGGAGAAAAAGGGGAGUAGGUCCCAGGGAGAGGCCAGAGGCCCUGUGAAAGACCGAGAGGCUCAGCAGAAGACCUCUAGUGUUGCUGGUCCAAGCCUGUGCAGAAGGAGCCAGACUCCCAAGAAGAACUCUGAACCAGAGCCUGAAGAUUCCUUUAUGAUACUGGAGGAAGCUAACCUGAGCACCAUCACUGAAGAGUCCAUGAGCCCUUCGCCCAUCAAGAGAAAGGGGUUGGGGCUUGGCCGUACAGCGAGUUUGAGGGAUCCCCGCAGAUCCAGGAUAGACGAGGGUAGGCUUUCCAGAGCCCCUAUGCCCAGGGUCAUCCAGUUGAGGGCUGAGGAAGGGGAGGAGGCCAGCAAGGAUCCUCAGUCGCCGGACGAUGCGGAGAUGGCCAAGAACAAAGUGUUCCAGUUGGCCCGGCAGUACAGCCAGCGUAUCAAGUGCACCACACCAGCUCCUAGGCAGCGAGAUGUCCUGUUGGGCAAGAAAAACCUGCCCUGUGUGAUCGAAGAGAAGCCAGAGAGCUCAGGUAUGGAAGAUGUGGAAGAGUGUUGUGUUUUUCUAAAUGAUGUGCACUCAGGUAGGGAAGAUUCUUAUUUGUCCCCAAGUGUUGUGCCUCAAGAAGUGCUGUGCUAUUCUUUUUACCAAGUAGGGUUUGAACUAGUCCUAGCCUCGCUAGGAGGUGCUCUCCUAUUAGCCUGGCAAAUAUCAGUGUCCAGUGAUGGAUAGGGCUGCCCACAUUGGGGUGAAGAGUUGAUGGAAGAGUUUACUGACAGAUUGCUUAGCAAAUCAUACAGUUUUUAUUUAUGUGGCCUACGUAGUUUACAUGCACACUGAACCAGUAUUACUUCUAUUUGGCAAUACUCUGAGUAAGGCAGAGUAAAGUCUUAAUUAGAGUAAGCUUACUCCGAGUAAAAUAGGUUGAAUAUCGAGCUAUUUUCCAGAUUAUUAUAGGAUUAUUAGGACAAGUAAACGCCUUAAUCGGAGUAUUGCUCUUUCUCUGAAUACUUUUCGGCAAACAAGCACACAGGAAAGCAACUUACUCCAGAAGAGAAGGCAUUGGGUGAGUCAAGGUAGGAUGAUGAGUAGCUGGUUUUAGCAACGCUAAUUAGUAUUCUCCAGCCAAUUUAGCUUGUUUGCUAAAUUGUGUCGUUGGUAUGUCAUUGUCGUGGGUAUAUUAGCGGUCGUGACGGACAUGAGACGGAGCUCACGAUAAGCUCCCACUGUUGUCAAUGCAGCCUACUACUUCGGCAGCGUGAGCAGUACAGCAGCACAUAAAGCACUUAUUUAGACUCUAUUUUCCUGAAACCGACACAAGUCACUGAAGCUUCUGAAAAACUGGAAGAAAUGUAUUGCGCUGCCUUCGUAAUAUGCUGCCUGAGUAGCAGUCAAAAAAUUAUGCUGACAGAACGCGAAUGUGAUGUUUGUAGUUCAUUGUAGAUUUGCCAUUACUCAGAAUAUUGUUUUACUCAGAGUAUUCACAAUAAUCGUGAAUAUUGUGUGCAUGUAAACAUAACUGAAGAUACCAAAACUACUACUAAGCAAUAUAGACCGCAGUGUCCCUUCGGAGCAUUACAGUAUGCCACACGGGAAUGCCCCUCCCCCCCCCUCCCCCCCAAAAAGGCACACCUUUUCAACUUAUUCUGAUUUUCUGACCCCCAGGUAAUUCCUGUUAAGUCUUGUUUACAUGGUGUGCUUUGUGUUUUACAGGUAAACCCAAUUUGACGCUGCCCCUGCUCUCGUUUGAUCGUAUGAGCAAUCUCCAGGAGUUGAGUCCUAUAGCUAUAUCUCCCAACCCUGCUCAAACGCCUAGUUCUUUGGGCAGUCCCCGGGUCCUCUCUCCCGGCCGCACGCGCGCCAAGAGCCCACUCAGUCCUACGCCUACCGAGGCUUUCAACUGGCCCGAUGUGCGAACACUUCGCUCCAAGUAUGCCAGCUCAGACAAAGACCAAUCCCAGCUGCCGCCAGUUAACCGAAGCCGCUCAGUUCCUGAGAGGAUGGACAGCGGCCCCAAGAGGCGCUCAAGCUUCUGCUCCAGCUUAGUCACUGCUUGUGGUACGGUCGAGGCUCCGACACACAGACCCCACCUCAGCAGGGACCCUGGGCCUGGAGAGGGGUUGGCUAGGCUCCACCGGGCCGGGUCACUGGACCAGAGGCUGAGUGGGCUGCAUCUGAAUGAGCUGCAGAACCUCCAGGACGAAGUCCCUAAUGGCAGUUACUACAUCUCAGCACAGGCCACCAUGCCCGAUGACCACAGGGUCAUUGUUGUGGAGAAGGUUCCGGAGCCUGAGCCAGAAUGCACCUCUGCAGAACCGCUGGAGAUGGUACUCAGGGCAAGGAGAGUAGAGGUGGUAGAGGACAUAGAUGAUAGCUAUGUCCAGAUCCGUUCACCGACCACUAGAGAGAAAAUCUCCAUCAUGGCUGUAAUCGACCGCUGCCGGGCCUAUCAGGAGUCUGAUGAGUAUAGGCAAAGGGAGGAGGGCGGGGCUAAGGCAGAGUCAGUCCCCUUGAGUGGGAGGGGCAAGGAACUUGACAAGGGUCCACCCUCAGAUGAAAAGCUUGACGAUGCCCAGAAAACGGCCACGAACUCGGUCAAAAAGACAGAUGCUAGUCAACAGAACGUGGUGAAAAACUUGAGACAAAAGUUCCUUAACUUGAGGUGAACAGCACCAGUAAACUUUUUAAGUAACCUUUUAUUCAGUUCAUAUUUGUCAUCAACUAAAGGGUUUAAGUUAGGUAUGUGGAUCUCAAGUUAGGAUUCGGUCCAAAGUGUGCAUGUUGGCCAGUCCUGUACUGCAAUUUAAUGACUUAAGCUUUGCUCUCAAACUUUCUGUGUACAUAGAAGCAGUUAUAGUGACAGCCCAGGGAAAUUGUAGUUGUUUUGUCUCAGAAAUGUUGCAUAGAAAUGUUUUAAACAUCUAUGUAUAAUACUCAAGAGAACCUUCUCUUGAUCCUGAAAUUAUGUCUGUCUAAAGCACCUUUUGUAUAGCUUGAAUUGCACAAUUGAAGAAAGCAAUUUUUUGGAGGGAGUGAACUUUUCUUAGUUUUCUUUCUAGGGUGGCUACCCACUGGGCACAGAUGUCACUUCAAUGUCUAGUUUUGAUUUACA